CCACCCGAAUCCAUUACAUAAUUACAUAAUGCCACCGAUGAUCACACACUAGCCACAUCGCCACACAUGUGGCGCACGGGCAUGCCGCAUUGGGCUUUCAUUGGGCAGCACCGCCACAGAUCGAGCGGGCUGCGAUUCAGCUCUUGCUUCCUCGCUGUUCUUGUCUUCGUUACGUUGAGGACAACUCAAUACCUGUCUAUCUCAACCACCUUCCUCAUUCUCGAUUUUCCAGUCGUUUGGUUCGCCGAUCGACAAACUAUUGGUUUGUUCCCGUCAGCGCCUUAUCUCCUCUGCAGCCACUGUACGCUUCAGGGUUGGCGCUUUGCCAAGCACCCUUCCUUGAAGCUGCAUCAUCGCUGUGCUGUCCCCUCCAACCCAUCCUCUCACUCCGCGUCCCAGACUUCGGACACCUUCACUCCCCUUCCCACCUAGGCUGAGUUGAAAUGCUUGGGUACGUCGCACAAUAUGACAGAAACAAAGAUGCAUUUAGAAGAUUGGCUGGAUGACCUGUGUGUCCGCUUCAUUAUAAACUUGCCCCGUGAAGAGCUCGAAUCGGUCGAACGUAUAUGUUUCCAGGUCGAGGAAGCACAAUGGUUCUACGAGGAUUUCAUCCGGCCGUUGGACCCGGCUCUUCCUUCACUGUCCUUAAAAGCUUUCGCCUUGCGUAUCUUCCAACACUGUCCGUUAAUGUCCCAAUGGUCACACUAUCAUCACAUCACGGCAUUCUCGGAGUUUCUGGCAUAUAAGACUCGUGUUCCGGUGCGCGGGGCUAUAAUGCUUAGCCAAGACAUGGACGAAGUAGUUUUGGUCAAAGGCUGGAAGAAGGGUGCCAAUUGGAGUUUCCCACGAGGCAAAAUCAACAAAGACGAAAAGGAUCUAGACUGCGCUAUUCGCGAAGUCUAUGAAGAGACCGGCUUCGAUGUUCACGAAGCUGGACUCGUUAAGAACGAAAAAGACGUCAAGUUCAUUGAAAUUACUAUGCGAGAACAGCACAUGAGAUUAUAUGUCUUUCGUGGGGUACCUCGCAAUGCUCACUUUGAGCCGCGCACUAGAAAAGAAAUCAGCAAGAUUGAAUGGUACAAUUUGUCGGAGCUGCCAACGUUGAAGAAGAGUAAGCAACAAGAUCAGGGCUUGGCUGUUGCAAACGCGAAUAAAUUUUAUAUGGUCGCACCGUUCAUGCACCCGCUCAAGAAAUGGAUCGCACAGCAGAAGAAGCUCGACACGAAGAUGCAAGCGGGUGUGACUCAAGUGUUACAGAAUGAGGGAGAGAUGUCGAUGGAUGAAGGUUUUGCGGCGCCCAGUCAGUCUCUAGGACUGACUACUUCUAGCGACCUGCCCGAGGUUGCGCCAUCUCAGGAUGCCUCUGCCCACCUCAAACGCCUCUUGAACAUCAAUGACGCUGUUCAGCAAAUUCCGGCUCCCUCUAUCGAUACAUUACCAGCUAACGCCUCUAAAUCCAAUGCUCUUUUAGAGCUUUUGAGAAGUGGCUCCUCCCGUGGGCCCACUCCACAGGCCCUGAGCAAUGAGCAAACGUCGCCAACACAUGCUAUUACUGCAGCAAUGACUCCUCAACACCCACCUUAUCCUGCUCCGACCUUGUUCCCAGGCUUUCCUGUGCAAGGUCCAAGCGCACAGCCUGGUUAUCUCGGACAAUUUUCGCCACGGCAACCGCCUAGCGCAUUAUCUCAUAUACCACAUACAAACAACCAUGUCCUUGAUCAGCAUAUGCCUCAUCGGUCAUUGGCCCAAUCAUCUCCGGCGGUGAAUCAGCAUAGCCGUCCAGCUGGGUAUGGUGGAAUAGAUGCUUAUACUUCGCGCCACAUCUCUACUCAACCCUACAACGACGCGCAUGUGCCGUCAAAUCAAGCACCUACGGCCCCUUAUCAGCAGACUGGAGACCCGUUUUCUCAACCAGCUCAGCCCCCUCAAGUUCCAGGAGCGAGUGUACCGCCUGCCAGUAAGCUACCGCCUCCGAAGCUCACAAGCCACUCAUUAGCGCUAUUGAGUGUCUUCAAGGAUGAAUCCUCGAAGACGCCUAAGACUUCUCAUGCAUCUUUGACACCACAGCCAGAGCAGGUGCCCAUGAGUGGGCGCAAGUCGUCGCAGCAUCAGGACCAAUUGUUAAGCCUCUUGAGAGGUUCUCCAGUUACCUCUGGUUCGACACCAGCCGAAUUAGCAGGCCAUGCAAACUCUCCCACUAAAAAGCAGAUUCUACAACGGCCACGUGAUUCUAGCCCUACCCAACAGGCACUUACUUACGUGAGUGCGGUACCAAAGAGGAAUUCCUUGAAUUCAAGCGCCGCAUCUAGAUCUGUGCAUCCACCACAGCCUGAGGCAACUGCUAAGCCACCAGGUAAAAAGAACCAGAAUAUUCUGAAUCGAAAGAACAAGGAUCGACAGCCACAAGGCCUCUCUUCACCCAUUACAAUUUUAGCUAGACCCCAAUCCGCUAAGAGAGAGCAAUCACCUAAUCCAGCAGUGGCAUCAUCUUCGAGGACUUCGUCCCGUACCCGCAAGGAUAGCAAGCCGAAAACCUCGGAACCCCCGAAGCCUUUCCAGCCACAAAUCUUACGCCGUUCUCAAAACUUGGACCAUAUACUUCCUGUACGGACCAAGGAACCACACCAUUCAGAACAGCAAGAUGGUCCUCAGAUUUCAAGCACCGAACGGGAGGCAAGCAAUUUUGAUCGCCGACCAAGUCAAUCCGCUGCUCAAAAAGAGACUCUUCUCUCCCUUUUUGGCAAACAACCAGUAUCACCAGGCGUUUCGCCCGCAGUUGAUCUCAAUGUCCACAUCUCCGGAUCAAAGCCAGUAACAUCAUCCGUUGUCAGUCCGCUAUCGCCUCUUAAUCUCCCCACUCCAGUUGGGAUGAGUGGAGAAUCUCCCGCGCCAGAAGAUAAUGGCAGCCUGAAUGCGAGAGUGUCUUCGCCAGACAACAAGGCUUUCUUGCUUGGAUUUUUGCAAGGGGUUGCCAAGGGGAACAAGUAGGCGUGCUUGUGCCCGCCAUAUUCUUGUAGUACUAAGUUUAGCUCUUUAUUUGGGCAGGAUCCGUGGCGCUUUGGAUGGGAUAAUUUAAUAGGCUAUAUUCUUUAUCGUCUCUUGGACUUUUCUGUACGUAAUGAGUGGUCAAUCGUAAGGACCUAGUGGAGUGUAGUAUAAAUAUAUUCUGCCGCGUGCCACCGCCCGGUGAUUGAUAUCAUCGUCCAUGGAGCUUUAG